UAAAAGGUGGCCGGGGCAAGAAGGGUGUGUGGGGCAUAUCCCACCACCAUGUCUGCGUUUACAGAGAACAGCCCAAAACCGCCUCUGCUGCCCGCCGCUGGCUCGACCGGCUCCGACUCGUCAGUGGACGGCGCGGCGCCGCGCGACGUCGAGAAGGCCGCGGGCGAGCCAGAUCACGCCGAGGACGCCGUGUUCGGCAAGCUCGAGGGUGGCAAGGCGCUCGACUACAGGGCUGUCGGCGCAAAAGGCGCGUUCGUGCUCCUCGUCAAGGUCAACCUAGGCCUUGGUGUCCUGGGCCUCCCGCACGCGUUCGGCGUGCUCGGCCUGGUCCCAGGCAUCCUGUGUAUCCUCGUGAUCCAGACCAUCUUCUGCUACUGCGCGCUCAUGAUCGGCCGCUUCAAGAUCGCCCACCCGCAGGUAUACACCGUGUCUGACGCCGCCGCCGUGUUCGGCGGGCGCUGGGCCAAGGAGUUCUGGUUCUUCGCGCUCAACCUGCAGAUGAUCUUCUUCGUCGCGGCGGCCUGCGUCGGCGUGAGCACGGCGCUCAACGCCGUGUCCGCGCACGGCGCCUGCACGGCCAUCUUCAUCGCCGUCGCGGGCGUCCUCGCGUUCCUCUUCGGCUCGAUCCCCACCCUCGGAGCCAUCACGUGGAUCGGGUGGGCUGGGCUCGCGUCCAUCCUCGCCGCGGUGUUUACUGUGACUGUCGCGACGGGCGUGCAGUCCCGGCCCAGUCUCGCGCCAGCCACUGGGCCGUUUGACAAGAACGUGAAGAUGUUUGGCGACGCGACCUUCGCGCAGGCCAUGGCGGCCAUCAACCAGAUCUUGUUCGCGUACGGGUCUACCCCGAUGUUCUUCGGCAUCGCAUCCGAGAUGCGCGAACCACGCAAGUUCACCCACUCGAUGGUCGCGUCCAUCGGCUUCCUCACCACGGUGUACCUCGUCGUCGGCGUGGUCGUGUACCACUACUGCGGGCAGUACGUCGCCAGCCCGUCCCUCGGGUCGGCCGGGCCGCUGCUCAAGAAGAUCUGCUACGGGAUCGCCAUCCCGGGUCUGCUGGCGUCCAUGACGCUGUUUACACACAUGGCCUCGAAGAACAUCUUUGUCCGCGCGCUCGCCGGCUCGCGCCACCUGGCGGCCAAUACGCCGACCCACUGGGCCGCGUGGCUCGGCAUCACGGCCGGGUGCGCGCUGAUCGGGUACGUGAUCGCGUCCGCGAUCCCCAUCUUCGACAGCCUCAUCAGCAUCAUUGGCGCGCUCGUCGUGCCCACGCUCUCGGUGAUCCCGUACACCUUCAUGUGGUGGCACGACAACUACCGCUACGUGCCGGCCGGGCAGCGGACGCUGCGCAAGCACCUCCACUUUGCGCUCAACAUCGUCAUCCUCGCCAUCGCCUUCUUCCUCACUGCUGCAGGCACAUACGGCGCCGUCGACGACCUCAUCAACACGACCAACAACUCGGGCCCGUGGACCUGCCACGACAACUCGGGCACCGUCAAGGACUAG